GCAUUGCUUCGAGGAAGACUCCCAACUAUGGAAGGGGUGCUCACGCAUCUCACGCAUUUGGAUGGCUUCUCCAAGGUUUUCAAAAAAUCCAGGGUCCAGGGUCCAGGGUCCAGACUUUCUGGCGCCAUGACAUUCAAUGGCUACUUGGGCAGAUGUCGAGGUGUCGAAGUAUUUGAGAAGCUCAAUCGACUGGGCGAAGGUACUUAUGGCACCGUCUACCGCGCCCGGGACACAGAGACCGGCGACAUUGUCGCCUUGAAGAAGGUGAGGAUCCAUGCAGAGAAAGAGGGCUUCCCAAGAAUUUCCUUGCGGGAAAUUCGGCUUCUGAAGCGUCUCAGGCAUCCCAACAUCGUGGAAUUACGUGAAGUGGCAUGUGGCCGGCAAUCCGGGAGUGUCUUCCUGGUCUUUGAGUAUUGUGAGCAUGACGUGGGUGCUUUGUUGGACUUGAUGGAGCGGCCUUUUAGCCAACCAGAGGUGAAAUGUCUUACCUUGCAGCUGCUGAAAGCGGUUGAGUGCCUACACCUUGCCUCGGUGAUCCAUCGGGAUAUCAAGCUGUCAAACCUGCUCUUGAACAACAAGGGCGUGCUGAAACUCGCUGACUUUGGUCUUGCCCGGGAAUUUGUGGACUUUCAGACUCCCAUCACACAAAAUGUGGUGACGCUCUGGUACCGAGCGCCUGAACUUCUCUUUGGCGCCAAGAAAUACACCGUGGCGGUGGACAUGUGGUCGGUGGGCUGCAACUUCGGGGAGUUGCUGUUGAAGCGGCCGCUCUUGCCGGGGAAGUGCGAGGAGCACCAACUCGUUCUCACCUGUGAGUUGCUUGGGACACCCACACCCAGAAUUUGGCCUGGUGUGGAAAAACUUCCGCAUUAUGCAGCCUCCAAAUUGCCGGAGAAUAUCUACAACAACUUGGGCCUGAAAUUUCCAGACCUUCCCGAUAGCUGCCUAGACCUCUUGAACCGCCUGCUGACCUUCGAUCCCCAGAAGCGUUCCAGUGCCAGCAGCUCGUUGCAACAUCUUUGGUUCAGCGAGGCGCCAGCUCCCCAGGAGCCGCACUACAUGCCAACCUUCCGGGAACAUCGGAAUGAGACGGCCAAUCCGCGCGGGCUGCCUGCUGCGGCCAAAGCGCCGGCCAAACGGCCGAUGGUGGCACGCUCCGCGGUCUUUGCAGCUGCCAAGAAGUUGAAGUCGUGCGUCUUUUGAAA